UGACGGCGGUUAUCGAGCACGAUUCUAAGAUUGAGCUAAAAUUACAGCAAGUACUAUAUGGAUAAAUGCAAUGUUGGUCGGCACAAGUUCGACCCGUAGGUUCGGUCCGGUGCUGGCCACUGGCCAGUGGAGGUCGAAGCAAUUCGAUCCAUGGCCUCUGCUUUUGCUUCUUCUUUUUUUUUUUUCUUGAUUUUGUUUUCCAAUUUCCAUAAUCGUUGUAAGUCGGACUUCACUUCACUUAAGCUUCACGCCUACUUGCGUGAACGACCAGAAAGAGGCCGACGGAAGCUUCUCUCCUUCAUCAGCUUCCGGCGACAGAGAAAGAGGCGGCGGAGUAGAAAAAUGCCGUUCAUAUCGCAGAUACAGAGACAGUCCGAUUACGCAUACUUCCCUUCCGACACCCCUAUCGUCAUCGACAACGGCGCUUCCUAUUUCCGCAUCGGGUGGGCGGGAGAGAACGAACCGCGGGUUAUUUUCCGCAACAUUGUCCAGAGGCCUCGCCAUAAGGGCACUGGUGAAACAGUGACUAUUGUGGGGGACCAUGAUCCUGCGUUAUUAAGAUACUUCGAUUGCACUCGCUCCGGGCCUCGUUCUGCUUUUGACAACAAUGUAGUUUACCAGUUUGAGAUAAUGGAAUAUAUUCUAGAUUUUGGGUUUGAUCGGCUCGGAGCAAAUGGAUCACAGAUUGAUCAUCCUGUCCUGAUCACUGAAUGUGUCUGCAAUCCAGUGCAUUCCCGCAGUAAAAUGUCAGAACUUUUGUUCGAGACAUAUGGAGUUCCAUCAGUUGCUUUUGGAGUUGAUGCUGCAUUCAGCUACAAGUAUAAUCAGCGUCAUGGGAUUUGCAAUGAGGAUGGGCUUGCUAUAUGCCCAGGAUUCAACACAACCCAUGUUAUUCCGUUCGUUGCCGGAGAGCCUGUUUAUAAAGGAUGCACUCGGACAAACAUUGGUGGUUAUCAUGUCACUGACUACUUGAAGCAACUUCUUUCACUCAAGUACCCUCACCACAUGGCUCGAUUUACAUGGGAAAAGGUUGAAGACCUAAAAAUGGAGCACUGUUAUAUUGCACCAACCUAUGCUUCUGAAACUCGGUUAUUUCAGAAAGGGACCGAGGAAGCUGAAGAUAAAACUAGGGUUUGGCAGCUUCCAUGGGUUCCACCACCAGUUGAGGAAGCCCCGUCAGAGGAAGAGAUAGCCAGAAAGGCUGCUUUAAGGGAAAGGCAAGGUCAAAGGUUGAGAGACAUGGCUGAAGCAAAGAGGUCAUCAAGGAUAAAUGAAUUAGAGAACGAGUUGCGUGGGCUGGAAUUUCUUCUGCUGCAACUUGAGCAGGUACAAGCUCAUGAAAUCCCCAAUUUCCUUAGGGAGACUGGAUAUCAUUCCAGGCAAGAAAUAGAGGCUUCUGCGCACAAGGUGACACUGUCCCUAAGGAAAGCUAAAGGAGAGCCAAAAGCCGACCAGUCUGAAGCCGAAGACAAGACUGAUUCUUCAAGUGAAAAGUACCCUUUAAUAAGCAUCCCUGACGAAAUGCUGACCCCUGAGCAGAUCAAGGAAAAGAGAAAACAGAUAUUCCUUAAGACUACAUCUGAUGGCCGACAAAGAGCAAAGCAGAAACGUCUUGAAGAAGAAUCAGAACGAGAAAGAAGAAAUCAGCUAGAUGAAGAGAGACGCUUGGAGAACCCGGAGCUUUAUUUAGAGCAGACACGUGCUAGGUACAAGGAACUCUCCGAGAGAGUUGAGCAGCGAAAACGAUUAAAAACUAAUGGGAACCAAACAAAUGGAAAUUCUGGUGGUGUUGGCCGGGGUGAGAGAUUGAGUGCUGCUCAAAGGGAAAGAAUGCGACUUCUGACAACAGCAGCAUUUGAUCGAGGGAAGGGUGAGGAUACAUUUGGUGCUAGAGAUGAGGAUUGGCAGUUGUACAAGUUGAUGAGCAAAGACAAUGAUGACGAUGAUGAUGGACCAGAACCUGAUGAAGUAGAGCUGGCACGCAUUUCUUCCCGACUUCAGGAAAUAGACCGAACAUUUGUGCCUAAAUCAGAAGCAGAAACCUCCCAACCAGGUUCUGAGGUGCUUAAGUCUCGACCACUAACCCAGGAAGACUUCAAGAUUGUGCUUGGGAUAGAAAGGUUCCGAUGCCCUGAGGUCCUAUUUAAUCCGAACCUAGUAGGGAUUGGUCAGGCAGGGGUGGAUGAGAUGGCUGGGGUGUCUAUAAGGAGGUUACCGGAAAAGGAUGAGGAGUUGGAGAAGAGACUGACCAGCUCCAUUCUUAUGACGGGAGGAAGCUGCCUAUAUCCUGGUAUGUGUGAGCGCUUGGAAGCUGGGAUUCGAAUGAUUCGACCAUGUGGGGCCCCGAUUAAGAUAGUGAGAGCAUUGGAUCCAAUUCUUGAUGCCUGGCGAGGAGCAUCUGCAUAUGCUGCAUCUGCACAGUUCCCGCAGCAGACGUUUACUAGGAUGGACUAUUUUGAAAAGGGUGAAGACUGGAUUCGCGGCUACAAAUUUAGGUACACUUUGUAGUAACGUAUUGAAGCAUUACUGUUUUUAGCCUGUAUCUGACUGUAGUAACAGAACCCCAUCUAUAUAGUAUUUGAAGAGGCGUUAAUGAUAUCAACUUCCCAAUUGGUUGCCUUAUUUCCAGUUCUAUGGUAUUUCACAUUGAUCACUCCACUGUUUUCCUUUUCAUUGUCGACGAGAAGUAUGUAAAUGCCAAAAUGGAUGGUGCUCAUUUACUUGGAUUGAUUAUGGAAAGACACUUUAAAGAUUUGUUUGGCAAGUAUCGGCAUAUCCGCCCGCCCUAGAUACACGCUUAGUCGCAUUGUUCAUCUUAAUAGGGAGCCGUGAGGUGCUCUCAUGUCAAGCCCUAGGUUCGUUUUAUUGCUGUCAAAUUUAUGCCAUUUACAUGUCUUAGUGGGGUUCUUGCAACGAUCUUCAUUUGGUGUUUGUCAAUUGGUGUGUAGGCUGUUUCUGCCAUGUGAAUCCAUUUGACUUCCAAUAUACAUUUUUUUUUAUUUUGUUAAAUUUUGGCACCAAUAUCAUAUACUUCACAAAUUGCUCAAUCUCACAAAUUAUCCAAUUAUACGCAGUCCACACCUCUAGUAAACCAAAUACAUGUAUAACAUAGAAUGUAUACAAUCUCAUUGGCUAAAUAUGAGUUCUUGCGUGCUUGCCAAACCACACCUAAUAAUAUAUUGCAAAUCCAACAAACACAAUCUUAUUCUAAUCUAAUAAACACCAGUUUCAAUGAGAGUAGACACAAGUAACUGACUUUACAAUUACCAAAAAAGGCGAAAAUGAACAAGAAAAGGCAAUACAACUGUUUCAAAUUU